UUAGGAUUCAUCUUUUGCCCAGAUAUUUCAGAUCCCAAUUUGAUGGAUUGAGAACUUUCUAAUACAACCUUUCAGAUCCCAAACUGCAAUUCAUCCAUUUUGCUCCAAUCUCCGAAAUGCAACUUGCCAAUGCAGCAGCAUCGAUUGCUGCGCAAGCACCUGGCCGCGGACUUUGGAACCGAAAAUGGAGCAAUGAACGGUUUCAAUCGAUUUUUGACCUUAAGAAGUGGAAGAAACAAGCGAGAGUGGCGUUAGUUGUGAGGAUUUCCAGGGAUUCAACUGGUGCUGGAUCGCUUGUCGGCAAUGCUAUCGGCGAUAGGGAUGUCGAGGCGUACACUGAUGCAGACGUGAGACCAGGGUUUUGCGUCUAUAAGGUGCUUGCCGGGAUGCCGCUCGGUGCGACGGCAACUGAAGCGGGAGUGAACUUUGCCGUGUACUCUGGUGGUGCUUCGGCGGCUACUCUGUGCCUUUUCACCCUUUCUGAUUUGAAGAAGAAUGUCAUUACAGAGGAGAUUCCGUUUGAUGCACUGAUCAACAAGACUGGGAGCAUUUGGCAUAUAUUUCUGGAAGGCGAUUUCAUGGAUAUUGCAUAUGGUUAUAAAUUUGAUGGGAAGUUCUCUCCAGGAGAUGGGCUCUACUUCGAUAAUUCUCGUGUUGUUUUUGAUCCAUAUGCCAAGGCAAUUAUAAGCAGAGAUGAGUAUGGUGUUCUUGGACCAGAGGGAAAUUGUUGGCCUCAGAUGGCUGGCAUGGUACCACUUUCUAGCAGUGAGUUUGACUGGGAUGGUGACUUGCCUUUGCGGUAUCCUCAAAAGGAUCUUAUAGUUUAUGAAAUGCAUGUUCGUGGUUACACAAAACAUGAUUCGAGUAAGGUGGAUUUUCCAGGAACUUAUAUUGGUGCUAUAAAAAAGCUAGAUUACUUGAAGGAGCUUGGCAUCAACUGCAUUGAGCUAAUGCCAUGCCAGGAAUUCAAUGAACUUGAAUACUUCAAGAGUUCCAUGCAUGGUGAGAAUAGGAUGAAUUUCUGGGGUUACUCAACGAUCAACUUCUUUUCACCGAUGUCAAGAUAUUCAACUACUGGUACGGCUAAUGCUGGCCGUGAUGUGAUAAAUGAAUUCAAAAUGCUUGUUAGAGAAGCUCACAAACGAGGCAUUGAGGUCGUCAUUGAUAUUGUUUUCAAUCAUACCGCUGAGGGAAACGAGAAUGGUCCCAUAAUCUCAUUCAGGGGCAUUGAUAACAGAACUUAUUAUAUGAUUGCGCCGAAGGGCGACUUCUACAAUUACUCUGGUUGUGGGAACACCUUUAAUUGUAACCAUCCAAUCGUCCGUCGAUUCAUUAAAGAUUGUAUGAGAUACUGGGUUACAGAGAUGCACGUUGAUGGCUUUCGCUUUGACCUUGCCUCUAUACUGACAAGGGCUACUAGUUUAUGGGAUUCAGUUAGUGCAUAUGGAAGGCAAGUAGAAGGGGACCUACUCACUAUGGGAACCCCUCUUAGCAACCCUCCACUCAUUGACAUGAUUAGUAAUGAUCCAGUUCUUAGAGGGGUCAAGCUGAUUGCUGAGGCAUGGGAUGCGGGAGGCCUUUAUCAAGUUGGCCGGUUCCCUCAUUUUCAAAUUUGGUCUGAAUGGAAUGGGCAGUACCGUGAUGUGGUGCGGCAAUUUAUUAAGGGCACUGAUGGAUUUGCAGGAGCAUUUGCUCGAUGCCUUUGCGGAAGCCCCAACCUAUAUCAGGAAGGCGGACGAAAGCCAUGGAACAGCAUCAAUUUUGUUUGCGCACAUGAUGGAUUCACUCUCGCAGAUCUGGUCACAUACAACAAGAAGAAUAACUUUGCAAAUGGUGAAGAUAACAGAGACGGAGAGAAUCAUAACUUGAGCUGGAACUGUGGCGAGGAGGGAGAGUCCGCAGGCUUGUGGGUUCAAAGGUUGAGGAAACGGCAAAUGCGUAACUUCUUCCUCUGCCUCAUGGUUUCUCAGGGCGUUCCUAUGAUUCACAUGGGUGAUGAAUAUGGCCACACGAAGAAAGGCAACAACAACACAUAUUGCCAUGACAAUUAUCUGAACUACUUCAGAUGGGACAGGAAGGAGGAAGCAUCAUCUGACUUCUACAGAUUCUGCCGCCUUAUGACCCAAUUCCGCCAUGAGUGUGAAUCCCUUCGCCUGGACGACUUCCCCACGGCGGAAAAACUGCAAUGGCACGGCCACCACCCCGGCGCGCCGGACUGGUCUGAGACAAGCCGAUAUGUCGCCUUCUCACUGAUUGACUCACUGAAGAGGGAGAUGUACAUAGCCUUCAACGCCAGCCACCGUCAGCGCCGGCACCUGCCAGCAAUCAUCGCCCUCCCGGCCCGGCCCGGAUUCCGUUGGGAACCCCUCGUCGACACAGCGAAGCCGCCGCCCUACGAUGUUCUAUCCGACGACCUCGAUAAUAAAAGAACCGUCACACAGCAGGUUGGCCAUUUCCUAAACUCCAACCUUUACCCCAUGCUCAGCUACUCAUCCAUCAUCCUCCUGCUCUACCCUGACUCCUGAGCCUCAUACUCAAGCACUAAUAACCAGAAAUUUAUAUAUCGUAGAAACUUGUUACAUAGAAACACACAUUAAAACAACAAUCCAUUUCCUACAAUGAUUUGAUAUGAAAUAGGAUGAAUUCUCUUCGUACAAUGAGGGAGGAAGAGAGAAAGAGAGGAGGAGGGUUUAGGGAGGAGUGCGGGAUUUGGUGACGGAGGCGACGGAGCGCCAGG